GGGGUCUCACACCCCAAUCCCCCCUCCCCAGACGAGAUCAAGGUGGAGGUCCCGUGCGGGACGGACGAGCCGGCGCGGAUCUGCCCCAACGGCACCAAGUGCAAGAAGUACUGGGAGGGGCCCAACUACGGCAUCACGCAGUUCGACAACAUCCUCUUCGCCGUGCUCACCGUCUUCCAGUGCAUCACCAUGGAAGGCUGGACCGACCUCCUCUACUAUGUGAGCGGGGCCCGCUGCCCGCCCGGUGCCCCCCCGGUGCCGUCCGGUGCUGUUCGGUGCCCGCCCGGUGCCCCCCCGGUGCCGUCCGGUGCUGCCCCGGUGCCGUUCGGUGCCCCCCCGGUGCUGCCCGGUGCUGCCCCGGUGCCGUCCGGUGCCGUCCGGGAGUUUGCCAAAGAGCGGGAGCGGGUGGAGAACCGCCGGGCGUUCCUGAAGCUGCGGCGGCAGCAGCAAAUCGAGCGGGAGCUCAACGGAUACAUGGAGUGGAUCUCCAAGGCGGACAGGGAGUUUGCCAAAGAGCGGGAGCGGGUGGAGAACCGCCGGGCGUUCCUGAAGCUGCGGCGGCAGCAGCAAAUCGAGCGGGAGCUCAACGGAUACAUGGAGUGGAUCUCCAAGGCGGACUAUGCAGAAUUCAUUUUCUUGGGACUCUUUAUGUCCGAAAUGUUUAUAAAAAUGUACGGGCUGGGGACGCGGCCUUACUUCCACUCGUCCUUCAACUGCUUCGACUGUGCCGUUAUCAUCGGAAGCAUCUUCGAGGUGAUCUGGGCCGUUGUGAAGCCGGGAACUUCCUUUGGGAUCAGCGUGCUGCGAGCUCUCAGGUUACUGCGCAUCUUCAAAGUCACCAAGUACUGGGCUUCCCUGCGGAACCUGGUGGUGUCCCUGCUCAACUCCAUGAAAUCCAUCAUCAGCCUCCUCUUCCUCCUCUUCCUCUUCAUCGUCGUCUUCGCCCUUUUGGGGAUGCAGCUCUUCGGGGGACAGUUCAAUUUUGACGACGGGACCCCUCCCACCAAUUUCGACACUUUCCCAGCAGCAAUAAUGACGGUGUUUCAGAUCCUGACGGGAGAAGACUGGAACGCGGUGAUGUACGACGGCAUCAAAUCUCAGGGCGGCGUCAAGGGCGGCAUGGUCUUCUCCGUCUACUUCAUCGUCCUCACCCUCUUUGGAAACUACACGCUCCUGAACGUCUUCUUGGCCAUCGCCGUGGACAACCUGGCCAACGCGCAGGAGCUCACCAAGGAUGAGCAGGAGGAGGAGGAAGCCGCCAACCAGAAGCUGGCGCUGCAGAAGGCGAAGGAGGUGGCCGAGGUCAGCCCGCUGUCCGCAGCCAACAUGUCGGUGACCAUGAAGGAGCAGCAGAAGAACCAGAAGUCCUCCAAGUCGGUGUGGGAGCAGCGCACGAGCGAGCUGCGCAAGCAGAACCUGCUGGCCAGCCGCGAGGCUCUCUACAGCGAGCUGGACCCCGAGGAGCGCUGGAAGGUUCCCUACGCUCGCCACCUGCGGCCGGACAUGAAGACACACCUGGACCGGCCCCUGGUGGUGGAUCCGCAGGAGAACCGCAACAACAACACCAACAAAACGCGGCCGGGCGAGCCCCCGCCGGGCGAGCCCCGCUUCGGGCCGCUCCGCCCCGAGGAGCUGCGCCGGCAGCCGCGGUACCCCCCGGCCGAGCACGGCCCCCGGCCCGCAGAGCCCUCGGGACCCCCUCCCGGUGGCCGCCGAGCCCGCAGCAGCAGCCGCGAAGCGGAGCGGGAGCCGAGCCAGGAGCGCGGCUACGGCGAGGGCGAGCGGCACAAAGCGCGGCACCGGAGCCGCGAGGGGCGCGCGGGGUCCCCGCCGGAACGGGAGCACCGGAGGCACCGGGGGCACCGGAGAGGGCCCGGAGAGGAGGGAGAGGAGGGAGCCAGGCCCGAGAGGCGGCCGCGGCACCGGGAAGGGGGGCGGCCGCCGAGGGGAGAGGGCGACGGCGAGCACGGGGAGGGCGAGCGGCGGAGGCGGCACCGGCACGGGCCCCCCCCCGGCUACGACGGCGAGGGCAGGAGGGAGGACAAGGAGCGGCGGCACCGCAGGAGGAGGGAGCCGCAGCCGCCCCCGGUACCGUCGGGCCCCCCCAUCCUGUCGACCACCCGCCCCAUCCAGCAGGAUUUGGGGCGCCGGGACCCCCCCGUGGCCGAGGACAUCGACAACAUGAAGAACAACAAACUGGCCACGACCACCGACCCCCCCGCGCCCCCCUCCGUGGGGGUCCCGGGGGGGGGUCCCGGGGGUCUCAGCCCCUCCCCGCCCCCCAGGUUCCGGCGGCUGUGUCACUACAUCGUGAACCUGCGCUAUUUCGAGAUGUGCAUCCUCAUGGUGAUCGCCAUGAGCAGCAUCGCGCUGGCGGCCGAGGACCCGGUGCAGCCCAACGCCCCCCGCAACAACGUGCUGCGUUACUUCGAUUACGUCUUCACGGGGGUCUUCACCUUCGAGAUGGUGAUCAAGAUGGUGGAUCUGGGGCUGGUGCUGCACCAGGGCUCCUACUUCCGGGACCUGUGGAACAUUCUGGAUUUCAUCGUGGUCAGCGGGGCCCUGGUGGCCUUCGCCUUCACACCCCCGGAGGAGGGGCUGCCCCGAGGGUCCCCCCCUCUCUCGGGGGGGGGUCCGGGGGUCGUACAACACAACACAACACAACACAACCCAAUCUAUAAUACAACCCCCCCCGCUGCGCCGCAGGCCGUGUUCGACUGCGUGGUGAACUCUCUCAAGAACGUGCUCAACAUCCUCAUCGUCUACAUGCUCUUCAUGUUCAUCUUCGCCGUGGUGGCCGUGCAGCUCUUCAAGGGCAAGUUCUUCUACUGCACCGACGAGUCCAAGGAGUUCGAGAAGGACUGCAGGGGCGAGUACCUGGUCUACGAGAAGGACAACGAGGUGAAGGCGCAGAAGCGCGAGUGGAAGAAGUAUGAGUUCCACUACGACAACGUGCUCUGGGCGCUGCUGACGCUCUUCACCGUCUCCACCGGAGAGGGCUGGCCGCAGGUGCUGAAGCACUCGGUGGACGCCACGUACGAGAACCAAGGGCCCAGCCCCGGCUACCGCAUGGAGAUGUCCAUCUUCUACGUCGUCUACUUCGUGGUCUUCCCCUUCUUCUUCGUCAACAUCUUCGUGGCCCUCAUCAUCAUCACCUUCCAGGAGCAGGGGGACAAGAUGAUGGAGGAGUACAGCCUGGAGAAGAACGAGAGAGCCUGCAUCGACUUUGCCAUCAGCGCCAAGCCGCUGACGCGGCACAUGCCCCAGAACCGCCAGAGCUUCCAGUACCGCAUGUGGCAGUUCGUGGUGUCCCCUCCCUUCGAGUACACCAUCAUGGCCAUGAUCGCCCUCAACACCAUCGUGCUCAUGAUGAAGUUCUACGACGCCUCCGACACCUACGAGAACGUCCUCAAGAUGUUCAACAACGUCUUCACCUCCCUCUUCUCCCUCGAGUGUCUCCUCAAGAUCAUGGCCUUCGGGGUCCUGAAUUACUUCCGCGACGCCUGGAACGUCUUCGACUUCGUGACGGUGCUGGGCAGCAUCACCGACAUCCUGGUGACGGAAUUCGGGAACAACUUCAUCAACCUGAGCUUCCUGCGGCUGUUCCGCGCCGCGCGCCUCAUCAAGCUCCUGCGCCAGGGCUACACCAUCCGCAUCCUGCUCUGGACCUUCGUCCAGUCCUUCAAGGCCCUGCCCUACGUGUGCCUGCUGAUCGCCAUGCUCUUCUUCAUCUACGCCAUCAUCGGGAUGCAGGUGUUUGGGAACAUCGGCAUCGAGGAGGAGGACGAUGAGUCGGCCAUCACCCAGCACAACAACUUCCGCACCUUCUUCCAGGCGCUGAUGCUGCUCUUCAGGAGGGCCACCGGCGAGGCGUGGCACGAGAUCACGCUGUCGUGCCUCAGCGGCAAGCCGUGCGACGAGAACUCGGGCAUCAAGGAGGACGAGUGCGGCAACGAGUUCGCCUACUUCUACUUCGUGUCCUUCAUCUUCCUCUGCUCCUUCCUGGUCAGCCCCCGGGGGUCCCCAGAGUGCCACCAAAGGGUCCCCAAAGUGUCCCCAGACGGGCGCAUCCACUACCGGGACAUGUACAGUUUGUUGCGCGUGAUCUCCCCCCCCCUGGGGCUGGGCAAGAAAUGCCCCCAUAGGGUGGCCUGCAAGCGGCUGCUCCGCAUGGACCUGCCGGUGGCCGAUGACAACACGGUGCACUUCAACUCCACGCUGAUGGCCCUGAUCCGCACCGCGCUCGACAUCAAGAUCGCCAAAGGCGGUGCCGACAAGCAGCAGAUGGACGCGGAGCUGCGCAAGGAGAUGAUCGCCAUCUGGCCCAACCUGUCCCCCAAAAACCUGGACCUGCUUGUCACCCCCCACAAGUCCACCGACCUGACGGUGGGCAAGAUCUACGCGGCCAUGAUGAUCAUGGAGUACUACCGGCAGAGCAAGGCCAAGAAGCUGCAGGCCAUGCGCGAGGAGCAGAACCGCACCCCGCUGAUGUUCCAGCGCAUGGAGCCGCCGUCCCCCACCCAGGAGGGACCCCCGGGGCCGGACGCGGCGCCCGCGGCGGAGCCGGCCGCGCGGGACGGGGACAUGAAGGAGAGCCAGUCCUGGGUGACGCAGCGCGCCCAGGAGAUGUUCCAGAGGACGGGCACCUGGAGCCCCGAGCGGGGACACCCCGACGAUGUCCCCAACAGCCGCCCCAACUCCCAGGUGAGUCCCGGUGCCACCGCGGUGCCACCCCGUGCGUGUCCCCGCGUGUCCCCCGAGCGCCAUCCCCCGCCGUGCCUCAGUUUCCCCUCAGUUCCUGCCACCCCCAUUCCCAGGUGCCACCCCGUGUGUGUCCCCACGUGUCCCCCGAGCGCCAUCCCCCGCCGUGCCUCACCCCGUUGUCCCCCGCUGUCCCCCGCCGUCCCCGGUGCCACCCGCCGUGUCGCGCAGACCAUCGCGGACUCGAGCCCCAUCAAGCGCUCGGCCUCGCUGCUGGGCCAGCCCCGCGCCCGCGGCGUCCGCCUGGACGAUUUCUCCCUGGAGCGCGUCCCCCCCCCCGAGGACGCCCAGCGCCACCCCCCCCGCCACCGCGGCCACCGCGGCCACCGCGCCUCCGAGCGCUCGCUCAGCCGCUACACGGACGGCGACACAGACCCCGGCGGGGGCGGCCCGUCCCCCCCCCGGCCCGGGCGGCGGCUGCCCAACGGGUACUACCCGGGCCACGGCGGCACCGGCAAGGGGCGGCCCGGUCUGCGCGACCCCUACAGCGAGACGGACGAUGACUGCUGCUAG